UCCAUUUUAGAGGAGUACAACAUAAACUGGACUCAGAAGCUGGGAGCUGGGAUCAGUGGUCCUGUUAGAGUCUGCGUGAAAAAAUCCUCUCAAGAACGCUUUGCACUGAAAAUUCUGCUUGAUCGUCCAAAAGCUAGAAAUGAGGUACGUCUGCACAUGAUGUGUGCAACACAUCCCAAUAUUGUUCAGAUCAUCGAAGUCUAUGCUAACAGUGUGCAGUUCCCCCAUGAAUCCAGCCCAAGGGCUCGGCUCCUAAUUGUAAUGGAGAUGAUGGAAGGGGGAGAGCUAUUUCACAGAAUCAGCCAGCACCGGCACUUUACUGAGAAGCAAGCAAGCCAAGUAACAAAGCAGAUAGCUUUGGCUUUGCAGCAUUGCCACUCACUGAACAUUGCACAUCGAGACCUCAAGCCUGAGAAUCUCCUCUUCAAGGAUAACUCUCUGGAUGCACCUGUUAAAUUGUGUGACUUUGGAUUUGCCAAAGUAGACCAAGGUGACUUGAUGACACCACAGUUCACUCCAUAUUAUGUUGCACCUCAGGUAUUGGAGGCACAAAGACGGCAUCAGAAAGAAAAAUCUGGCAUUAUCCCCACCUCCCCAACACCUUACACCUACAACAAGAGCUGUGACUUGUGGUCCCUGGGUGUCAUUAUUUACGUGAUGCUGUGUGGAUACCCUCCCUUCUACUCCAAGCACCACAGUCGGACAAUUCCGAAGGACAUGAGGAAAAAGAUCAUGACAGGAAGUUUUGAGUUCCCGGAGGAAGAGUGGAGCCAGAUCUCAGAAAUGGCCAAAGACAUCGUGAGAAAGCUGCUGAAGGUCAAACCUGAGGAACGUCUGACCAUUGAAGGUGUGCUGGACCAUCCCUGGCUCAACUCCACCGAAGCACUUGAUAACAUCCUCCCCUCUGCCCAGCUGAUGAUGGACAAGGCAAUGGUUGCAGGGAUACAACAGGCUCAUGCAGAGCAACUUGCCAACAUGAGAAUCCAAGACCUCAAAGUCAGCCUGAAACCCCUUCACUCCGUCAACAACCCAAUCCUGCGCAAAAGGAAACUGCUGGGCACGAAGCCAAAGGAUGGUGUUUAUAUCCAUGACCCUGAGAAUGGAAGUAACGAUUCCAACGUGGCUCUGGAAAAGCUGAGAGAUGUGAUUGCUCAGUGCAUUCUACCACAGGCUGGUAAAGGAGAGAAUGAAGAUGAGAAGCUGAAUGAAGUGAUGCAGGAGGCGUGGAAGUAUAACCGGGAGUGUAAGUUGCUGCGAGACACUCUUCAGAGCUUCAGCUGGAAUGGCAGAGGAUUCACAGAUAAAGUGGAUCGACUAAAACUGGCAGAAAUAGUAAAACAAGUCAUUGAAGAGCAGACAAACUCCCAUGACUCUCAAUAGCUGGAGCUUCUUAAUCUAAUUUUUUUUAUCAUUUAAGAUUUAUUCUUUAACUGUAAAAAGUAUUUUUAUGUAAAUUAAUAAAUCAUAAUUAUUUC